AUGGCAGAAGCAAGCGAAUCCGACAGCAAGGCAUUAAUCCUGGGCAUCUCUGGCGUCUCGUCCUCCGGCAAGACCACCUUGGCCCGACUUCUGAGGGACAUAUUCCCUCGAGCCUUCAUCCUCCACGAAGACGAUUUCUACAAGACUGAUGCCGAGAUUCCCGUGAAUGAAGACGGAGUUGCUGACUGGGACUGUCUGGAGUCGAUCGAUAUUCCUGCCUUUGAGAAAGCACUACAAUAUAUCCGCGAAAAUGGCAUGUCGCCACCCGAUUUUACAUCGAAGGAGGAUCGGAAUUCUGUUGGUCAAGUUAAUGUGGAUCGAGUGGCGAUUGAAGACAUGAAGUGGAAGGCUUCAAAGUGGAUGUUCGCAGAUGCGCCACCCAUUGCUAUCAUCGAUGGCUUUCUACUGUACUCCGAAGGGAUGAAGAGCGUGCGAGUUCUGUUCGACAUCAAGCUCUUCUUGCGGACUGACUACCAGACUGCCAAAUCACGCCGUGAGGCGAGAUCAGGUUAUGUGACACUGGAAGGAUUCUGGGAGGAUCCACCAGGCUAUGUCGACAAUGUGGUCUGGCCGAAUUAUGUUAAGGACCACGCCUUCUUGUUCAAGGACGGCGAUGUCGAGGGCGGAGUUAAUGAAAGCGCGUUGGAUCAGCUGAAGAUCCGCGCAAUGCCACAAGAUGCGCAAGGCGAUAUGACAGCUUGUCUGCAGUGGGCGUAUGAGGUGCUCGACGAAGCUUUGGAGCACUUCACAGAGUCUAGAAGGCCAUCAUGA